AUGCAAGCCAAAGUGUUGCAACGAAGUGGCUCCAUGGUGGCGUCCAGGCAGAAAAUUGAUUGGCCAAGGCCAGAGAAAAACCAUGAGGUCGAUGCCAAAGCAGAUCUUCGUGGAGUGCAUUGGCAAUUAAGCUACAUGACGACUGCGCCGGAGCAGUCUCAGACCAAGCAAGCAUACAUCAAGCAUCCAUCGUACCAGAGACGAGCCGCGGUCGAAAACGGUGAUGAUUUAAAAGCGUCUCACAUCGACCUCGCGUAUGGUGCGAACAAGUCAUGCAAGCACUGGGUGGCUGCCUUGACUGACGAAAUGUCCAGGAACCAGCACGAAAAGUUUAACUGCAAGAAGCCUCAAGGCGUGGACCCAGUGAAAAACUUUGCAUUAGGUCCCGGCGGCUUUUACGUCAAUGCUUGCUGUGCCUUGCCGCAGAUCCAUCCGCAUAGCAUUGAAGGAAAGAUCCGCAAUUGUUCGUUUGCCACCGGCUGGCGCAGUGCAGGCAUCCAUUUUACAAGGGUGCAGCAGGCAAUGUUACUGCUCCCAGCUUGGCGUCUCGUGGUUGAUGCGCUGCAAGACCACGAGGAAACCGUGCAGCAGGUCGCAGAGCAUUUGACGGAGGAGUCGCGUCUACUCGGUAGCUUUGCCGAAAGCUUCGGCUUCUCUCCAGAGGCGCCAGAGCCACUGCCAAGCACGGCAACAUACAUGGACUUCUUGGAAGACAUUGGAGAUUUCCAGCGAGGGGAUUACACGAUUCUGGAAUGCACCAUGCGCGCUCUGGCUGCCCUUUCGUCGAGAUUGCGGCUGCUGCGCUGGAUAAGCCACGCGCUUCUGGAUGCGAUUCCAGAGGUGGCGACUAGCGACAGCCCCAGCGCUAGAUGGUUGCAGUUCUGCGAUGCUGAUGGGCUCCGCAAUCUCGCUGCGCGGAUGGGCGCGGCACUAGAUGUGGCGGCAGGUAGAGGACUCUUGGAAAGACAAGCCGAGCUUGGCAGUCGCACCUACAUCCAGACCCUGCGCCACGAAUUUGAUUUCCUCAUGGAGUUCUGUGGAGGAACCACGCAGUCAUUGGAGGACCAUGCGCAUCUGCGGACGCUCAUGUCCGUAGCGCGGAUCACGCCCCCAAGGGUCUUGAUCGUGGCAGGGUCCGACAGUGGAGGCGGUGCUGGCUUGCAGGCAGACCUGAAAAGCUGCACUGCUCUCGGGGCCUUCGGCACAACAGCUGUCACGGCGCUGACUGCGCAGAACUCGCACGGGGUGCAGGGAAUCUACCCCAUUCCGAUUGAUUUCCUCCAGUCGCCACUCGCUGGGACAUGCUUCUACGCCUCUGUUGGUUUAGAUGGUUUGAAGAUCACUGGGCGAGACUCAGACCAACGGAAUAUGAAAGGGCACGGUACGCAGUCAUUCGAUCUAAUUAGCAGCGCUGCCUGUAUGUACUUGUAA